AGCGCGCGCCCGGAGGGGCGGGCAGGGACUCGGCUCGCACGCCCUUCGGCCGCCGGGCGCCGGAGCUCCCUUCCGCUUCCGACGCGCCGUCGGCCAGCCGGUGGAUGUGCGGCAACAACAUGUCCGCCCCGCUGCCCGCCGUCGUGCCCGCCGCCCGGAAGGCCACCGCCGCGGUUAUUUUCCUUCACGGAUUGGGAGAUACAGGGCAUGGAUGGGCAGAGGCCUUUGCAGGUAUCAGAAGUUCCCACAUCAAAUACAUCUGUCCACAUGCGCCCAUUAUGCCAGUUACAUUAAAUAUGAACAUGGCAAUGCCUUCUUGGUUUGAUAUUAUUGGGCUUUCACCAGAUUCCCAGGAGGAUGAAUCUGGAAUUAUACAGGCAGCAGAAAAUGUAAAAGCUUUGAUCGAUCAAGAAGUGAAGAAUGGCAUUCCUUCUAACAGAAUUAUUUUGGGAGGAUUUUCUCAGGGAGGCGCUUUAUCUUUAUACACUGCUCUUACCACACAGCAGAAACUGGCUGGUGUCACUGCGCUCAGUUGCUGGCUUCCACUCCGGGCUUCAUUUUCACAGGGACCUAUCAAUAGCGCUAAUAGAGAUAUUUCUGUUCUCCAGUGCCAUGGAGAUUGUGACCCUUUAGUUCCCCUAAUGUUUGGUUCUCUUACUGUUGAAAAACUAAAAGCAUUGGUAAAUCCAGACAAUGUAACCUUCAAAAUCUAUGAAGGCAUGAUGCACAGCUCAUGUCCACAGGAAAUGAUGGAUGUCAAGCAAUUCAUUGAUAAACUCCUACCUCCAAUUGAUUGACGUCACUAAGAGGCCUUGUAUAGACGUUCACCAGCAUCACUGUAGUAGAGUAUAAACCUUUUCCCAUGCCUGAUCGUAAAACUUCUAAUGUUUGCAGUGUUAAAAUGUGUUACAAUCACACACCAAUGAUACAGGCUAAAUGAUCCCUAAUGGGAAAUGUAUGAUCCUUUUAAGCUUCCAUACAUACAUUUGUAUUAUAAAGCCCAAAAUAUACUAGUAUUAAAGUAGGUGAAGUGAAGCAGCUAGCUUUUUUUUCUCAAAUUAAUUCAGCAAAAUAAAAUACCACAUCCAGAGUUUUAUUACAUUAUUUGAAUAUUACUAGUUUGCUCACUGAAGAAAUUUUCAGGUCUAAACAAUCUGUUAAGAUCUAAGUGACUUAUUAAUUCUGUAAUUAAACUAUGGUUUUAACCACAAUUGUUCACUCACCAUGCAGUGUCUGUAUUUUUAUAUGUGUAUUCAUAUGUAUGUGACUGUAAUACAUAAGAAUUAGAUGAUAUUGCAUUACCCCUAAUCUUAGGGAUAAUGCUUUUAAGUGUCAAAAAGUAAUACUGCGCUCUUCAAUUAAUGGCCCUUUUAUUUGGGGACCAGGCUUUUUUUCCUUCUAUUUAAUUUUCUCCUCUGAAGAAACAAAAAAAAAUUAGGUUCUUUGUUUUUUGAUUUUUCCAUAGUAAAUCAAUAUUGCCUCUCUGUCAUUAAAAAAAUCUGGCAAUAUAUAUAUAUUAUAAUUUGACAUUGGGAACAUAGACAUAUAGUAUUUCCAAUCUAGGUAAUAUGAAAAGAAACCAAACAUUACUUAAGCUUACAUAUUUCAGAUAACUGCACCUUAGUCCAAUUUUAGGCUGUAAGGAUAUCAGUCCUGGUGGUAAUUCUGUAGUUUUUAUUUUUCUGUAAAAAUCUGAUGAAAGGGUAAAUGAUAUCUUGGCAUGUUCAGAAAUAAGUACUUAAGACCAGUUAUAAAGACUAAUUUUAAAACAGUUACAUCUGAUAGUAAGUUUACAUUUUCUAUACAUGUUAUGCUUAAAGCCAAAUACUGUUCAAGAUGAGCAAUCAGAAACUUUUAUUUUUAUGUGGUAACAUACUAAUUUGAAACUUUCAUCUUAGGUAAAGGAGUUUUUGAUAAUAAGUCUCCUGUGCAAAAAUUAAAAUAGCAAUCAUUUGCUUUUUCAAAGUACUGGUGAAAAUAAUUUAAAUUAAUGUAUAGGUAAUAAAAACUGAUUAGAACCCACAUGAUAUAUAUAAACCCAUAUUUGUAACUGUUACCACACAGUUGAAUAUGCUGCAAAAAUUAUGGUUAUUUCUGAACUGUUGCUUUUCCUGCUGUUUUCCAACCGACCCAAGACCAUGCUAAGAAGCAUCUUUAUAAACGGGUGCUAACUGAUAUGGAGAUCAUUUGGUAUGUACUAGAUAGAAUGUCAACAAUGAAGCCAUAUGUUUAUGUCUGGAUUUAAAACAAUUUCAGACAAUCACUUACUAUUUUGUUUUAAUUUGAAAAACAUAAACUUACUUCAGUUAUACCAUCAAUAAAGUUUUAUUUGGGGUAAGAAAUAUUCUGUUGAAUUCCUGUGCUGUAAUGCAAGUAAAUGUCAUGUUUUUCACAGUUUCUAUCAACAUGAAAUAAAAUUUAAUCCUGGCUUCUUGGAUUGUUUUAUGAAA